AAAUAUUCGAAAAGUUUGCAGAAUAAUUUUUAUACAUGCGAAUUUUCCGCUGAAUGUAUUAAAACAAAGCAGCACAUAUUUAUGUAAGUUUUAUAUAUACUAGAAAUACAAAAAAAUAGCGUUAGUGUUAGUGACGAUCGUUUCUGCGUUAUUGACAUUGUUUGAAUUCAUCAUCGACUUCAGGAUCUCUUUAAGCUAACGUUUUAGUGAUAUUAAUACGUGUUACUCUUCGAUAAAGAACGCUACUACAUUAUAUUCCUAUGCAGGAAAGAUUUAAUUCGCUGAGAUAUUAUAGUAACACGUUCCAGUUAUAACAUUGAUUUUGGUGCUAUGUGAAAAACAAUAUAUCAUUAUUACAAAUCGUUCGAUGUACAUCGCAUUCGCGCUUCGCUCGCGUCCGUUUCUAGUCGCGAUAUAUUUCUGAGUGGAACGCACUAAAUCACUGUACAUGUGCGCUACUAAUCUAUUCUAAGUCGAGAUUGUUUCGGCACGUACCAACGUCUCUAAGCUAAGAAGAAAAAGAAAGGAAAAUGUUUUCUCCGUUUAUAUCGGCUUCGCGACACGUCGCAUUUGGCAACCUGAAUCGAUGCUGCUACGCGCGAUAUUUCUCUCUGUUGCACGCUAAUUUGAGAGAGCAACGUCCGGCUGGAAGAUCAAACGUCCGAACCAAAACGAGCGUUUCUAGAGCGGUCAAAGCCGCUCACAUGAUCAAUCCUGGUGAAUAUCCCUUGAUCGAUGACACGAUCGGACAAUUGUUACAGAAAGCGGCAGCUACGUGGCCGGAACGGGUUUGCGUUGCAUCGCUUCACCAGAAUAUUCGUUUGACAUUCUCCGAGCUUCUUCGACGGGUUGACUCGUUCGCUGCAGGCCUCAAGAAGUUAGGCCUGAAGAAAGGUGAUAGACUAGGCAUUUGGGGUCCGAACGAUAUCGAGUGGUAUAUAACUUCCUUGAGUGCUGCGAGACUGGGUUUGAUCGUCGUCGCGAUCAAUCCAGGUUAUCAACAAAACGAAUUAACAUAUUGUCUACAGAAGGUCAGUGUGAAGGCUGUCGUCUCACCCGACUCGUUUAAAACGCAGAAUUACCCGAAAAUGUUACUCAGCGCCAAAGAAGAGUGUCCUUCCUUGAAACAUAUCAUCAUUGUCUGCCAGGAUCAUAUAACUGGUACCCGUCGUUUCGUCGACGUCGAAGCAUUGCCAACGAGAACGGAAGUGGAAGCUAUCGCUGCUGAACAAACUGAGGUAUCUUGUUACGACGAGUGUAAUAUACAGUUCACAUCCGGCUCCACCGGUAAACCCAAAGCGACGGUUCUCUCGCACCAAUCUGUUGUGAAUAAUAGCAUAGAGGGUGUACGAAGGACGUUAGUUAAUGCCAAUGGCAAAAUAUGUUGCAACGUGCCGUUUUUCCACGUGUUCAGUCUGAUACUGGUUCAAGUAGCUACCUUUCAUACGGGAGAUACAUUUAUUCUGGAAGCACGAUCCUUUGACCCGGUAAAAUCUUUGGAGGCGAUUGUGAAAGAGGGUUGCGUCUGGACAUAUGGAACACCGACUAUGUGGAUAAAUAUACUCGAUGCACAGAGACGUUUGCAGCUACCAAUUACCAGUCUUCGGGCAGGAUGCAUUGGUGGUUCGCCUGCUUCACCUGAACUUUUCAAGAGAAUACGAGAAACACUUGGUGUGGAAAAUAUCCUGUCUUUAUACGGUCUCACGGAAACGACAGGCGUAAUAUUUCAAUCGAUAUACGGAGAGGACAAGAAUCUCACGGAGACAACCGUCGGUCAUUUGUCGAAUCACGUUGAAGCAAUGGUAAUGAAUGAAAACAAUGUACCCGUUCCCUUUGGUACACCUGGUGAACUUUGGAUACGCGGAUAUUGCAACAUGACACGUUACUGGGACGACGAGGAGAAUACGAGAAAAACGUUGACGCAAGACGGUUGGUUAAAAACUGCCGAUCAAUUUAUUUUACACGAAAAUGGUUACGGUAUUAUUGUCGGAAGACUGAAGGAUAUGCUUAUUCGAGGAGGAGAAAAUAUCUUCCCCAAGGAAAUCGAAGACUUCCUGAUGACCCAUCCCAAAGUAUUAGAAGUUCAAGUUAUAGGAGCGUAUGAUGAAGUUUAUGGAGAAGAGGUGUGCGCGUGUGUUCAAAUACAUGAUGGCGAGAAAAUAACAAAGGAUGAGCUGAGAGAAUAUUGCAAGGGCAAAAUUGCGCAUUUUAAAAUUCCGCGUUAUAUAGAGUUCGUAGAUCAAUUUCCGAAGACUGCCAGUGGAAAAAUUCAGAAGUUUCGAUUAAGGGAACACUUGGAGAGCAAGGGUGUAAUACCGACAACACCAAACCGCUCUUAGUUGACUUCGGAUAACUUUAUAUAAAUUUUGAUACUUUUAGAAAGAUUUUAUAGUAAAGUUUUAUAAACGAGAAGGGAAAUUUUAUCUUUGGAGUCUUUUACAGAAUUUACAAAACUAAAAUAAAAUAUUUUUAGAAUUAAUUCUAGAUUUUUAUCGCUACGUUUUCGAGACGUAUAACUGAUUAAUUGUUUGACGCUCUGCGGUUGUGCACAUAUCGACUCCCAGUUUUUAGAGUUUAUUGAAAAACAUUGUUUAUGGUUUUUGUGAUAUCUUAACCACUUUAUUUUGUAAUAACACAGAAUCAAUAAAUAAAUUUAAAAAGUA